AUGUAUACCCAUCUCAUUGAAAUUCAGGAGGUGUUCCAAUGUUGUAUACCUACAGUGCCGCAACUUGUUUCAGAUGGAAAAUUCUAUUUAAGACCUUUGGUUAGCAUAUUUGAAAAGGUUGCUCAACGUAUUAAACCAGUGAUCAGUGAUGUUCCUUUACCGUUUGAGGACUUAGAUAUUAACACUGGUUUUGUAAUGUAUGAAACAACAUUAACAGAUGAUCAAAAAAAUGUUGAAAAUCCAGUAAACCUAACUGUGAACACGGUUAGAGAUCGAGCAAUCAUUUACCUGGAUCAAGUACAAGUGGGUACUAUGAAUCGGUUGAAAGCUAAUACUACAAUAAGCUUAAACAUUAACCGUACUGUUCAAAACCUAAGCAUUUUAAUUGAGAAUCAGGGAAGGAUGAAUUUUGGAGACUUAAUUGAAGAUAGGAAGGGAAUUUUUGAUCAAGUGAUUCUCGGAAAUAAAAUAUUAAGCCCUUGGAAAAUGACUGCAUAUCCUUUGAAUGGUACAUCAUGGAUUUCUUCAAUCAAAUCAGUUGAAAACGUCAACAGUGUUAAAUUACCAGCAUUUUAUAAAACACAGUUUACAUUAACAGUUAACUAUACAAAAUGUUUAGACACUUAUUUGGACACUUCAGGCUGGACAAAGGGUGUAGUGUUUUUAAACAAUGUAAACCUUGGUCGGUAUUGGCCACUUGGUGGACCUCAAGUUACACUUUAUGUGCCAGCUCCUUUUUUAAAACCAUCACCUUAUGCCAAUACACUAGUGAUAUUAGAACUUGAAGGUACAUCUCAAGAUUUGUCCGUGAAAUUUGUGGAUAAACCUGUUCUUGAUGGUCCUAUAAUGACAUAGAUAAAAUGUAUGUUAUAUAAUUGAUUAAGAAAAAUAUA